ACGAUGGGAGGAAAGGGGCCGGGCCACGGCGGAGCCCGCCCCUCCCCAGGCCCUCAUUGGCUGCCUCAGUUGUCCAUCCAGAAUCUAUUUUUGAUGGAGGGGGGUUGCCACCCAGUCUGCCCCAGAUCACGUUUGCCACAAGCAACCAACCAGUCGGCCCCGAGUCCGCGGGCGAGAAGCGGUUAGGGGCGAGCGAGCUCGGCUCCACAGUCCGCGGUCCGCGGCCUCCCCGCCCAGGCCCGCGGCGGUAUAUCCUGCCCUCCCCGGCCCCCUCCCCUCGUGGAAGCGGAGCGGUGGCCUCGCCGUAACGCAGAGGCGAAAUGUAGCGAGCGGGGUGUCGCGGCUGGACGCUCACCUUGGCCGGGGUUGUGGGGGGCACGCCGGGGGCCAAGGAGGACUGCCAAGGAGGAGGAGUGAUGAGAAGAGGGGGAACCCUGCACCCCCCGAGACGACGGAUCCCUGCUGCCACUCGCCAGGCGCCCCCCUUCCUCCCAAGCGAGGCGCAGGUGUUCCACACAGACUCUCAUAACUUUAAGGACCAGGGAUUUGGGGAGGUACAAGGUCUUCCCAGGAAAGAAGGAAAUCUUCUCUGGAAGAAAGGGAAGAGACGGCAGCCGCUGCCCUGGGACCAGCAGAGCCCAAGGAGCUGUGGGAAGCUGAAGGAGCCGAGCCAGAGGCGUGGGAAGGAGCCGCAGCCCCAGGCUGAGGCUGCAUUCUGAAAGAUUUGAACCGAAGCUACUUUUCAUGAGAGAAGGACCACCUCAGAGGGCACCCCAGACUUAGCUGGGCUCUUCUUUCUGAAUGUCCCCUGUUCUGAGGAGCCUGCUGCUGAGAACCAAAGAAGAUAAGAGGCCAGAUAAAUUUCCCUCAAGCACAGCACUGGCUGGCCGGAGUCAGGCCUCUGCACCCCUACUGGCUGGCUGUGGAGUCUGGUGAGGAGCUGCUGUUCCCCUCCAGCUCACGGCUUCAGUGCUUGAUGGGGCUGCCUGUUGGUAGAUCAGCUUUUGCAGUGCCUAGUAGGAGCGGAGAGCCGUGGGAGGGAGUCCUGUGGCACCCAAGCCUGGGUUCACCCCAAGACUAAGGUCUUUCCUGAGUUAGAGAGGGAUAAAACAAGAAAGAGAGAGGAAAUUUCCCCUACCCCUCCUGCCUUCCCGUCAUGUCCUCUAAGCCAGAGCCGAAGGACAUCCACCAACUGAACGGGACUGGCCCUACUGCCUCACCCUGCUCUUCAGAUGGCCCUGGGCGAGAGGCCUUGGCUGAGACCUCAGAGUUCCUGGGGCCUGAUGGGGCUGGGGUAGAGGUGGUGGUGAUUGAGUCUCGGGCCAACGCCAAGGGGGUUCGGGAGGAGGACGCCCUGCUGGAGAAUGGGAGCCAGAGCAACGAAAGUGAUGACGUCAGCACAGACCACGGCCCCACACCACCCUCCCCGCUCAAGGAGACCUCCUUUUCCAUCGGGCUGCAAGUGCUGUUUCCCUUCCUCCUGGCAGGCUUUGGGACUGUGGCGGCUGGCAUGGUGCUGGACAUCGUGCAGCACUGGGAAGUCUUCCAGAAGGUGACAGAGGUCUUCAUCCUCGUGCCUGCGCUGCUGGGGCUUAAGGGGAACCUGGAAAUGACCCUGGCAUCGAGGCUCUCCACUGCAGCCAACAUCGGGCACAUGGACACACCCAAGGAGCUCUGGCGGAUGAUCACUGGGAACAUGGCCCUCAUCCAGGUGCAGGCCACAGUAGUGGGCUUUCUGGCAUCCAUCGCAGCCGUCGUCUUUGGCUGGAUCCCUGAUGGCCACUUCAGUAUCCCACAUGCCUUCCUGCUCUGUGCCAGCAGCGUGGCCACGGCCUUCAUUGCCUCUCUGGUUCUGGGUAUGAUCAUGAUUGGAGUUAUCAUUGGCUCUCGCAAGAUUGGAAUCAACCCAGACAAUGUCGCCACGCCCAUUGCCGCCAGCCUGGGCGACCUCAUCACCUUGGCGCUGCUCUCAGGCAUCAGCUGGGGACUCUACCUGGAGGAGGAUAACUGGCAGUACAUCUAUCCCCUUGUGUGUGUUUUCUUCGUGGCCCUGCUGCCUGUCUGGGUGGUGCUAGCCCGACGGAGCCCAGCCACAAGAGAGGUGUUGUACUCAGGCUGGGAGCCUGUCGUCAUUGCCAUGGCCAUCAGCAGUGUGGGAGGCCUCAUCCUGGACAAGACUGUCUCAGACCCCAACUUUGCAGGGAUGGCUGUCUUCACACCUGUGAUUAAUGGUGUUGGGGGCAAUCUGGUGGCUGUGCAGGCCAGCCGUAUCUCCACCUUCCUCCACAUGAAUGGGAUGCCAGGGGAAAACUCUGAGCAAGUCCCUCGCCGCUGCCCCAGUCCUUGUACCACCUUCUUCAGUCCUGAUGUGAAUUCUCGCUCGGCCCGGGUCCUCUUCCUCCUCGUGGUUCCAGGACACCUGGUGUUCCUCUACACCAUCAGCUGUAUGCAGGGCGGGCACACCACUCUCACACUCAUCUUCAUCGUCUUCUACAUGACAGCUGCACUGCUCCAGGUGCUGAUUCUCCUGUACAUCGCAGACUGGAUGGUGCACUGGAUGUGGGGCCGGGGCCUGGACCCAGACAACUUCUCCAUCCCGUACUUGACAGCUCUGGGGGACCUGCUUGGCACUGGGCUCCUUGCACUGAGCUUCCAUGUCCUCUGGCUCAUUGGGGACCGAGACACAGAUGUCGGGGACUAGUCUGGUUACCUUCUCCCCACCCCUCUGCACUUUCUAUUUGAAUUUCUUCUUUUGUUCCCCUUCCCCAACCCCAUUCCACAUCCCACUCAUUUCUAGGACUUCACUUUGAUACUGAAUUCUCAUUAUUUUCAAUGGGAAUUUUUAUACAUUGAGCCAAGUUUAUAUAGCAAGAAUUCAGGCAGGACACAUGGACUGACAUAAGCAGUACAAGUAGAUUUUUGAGACAAUCACCAAGUGCAAUUUCAUAGUGGGUGCCUCCAGGUGAGGAGGAUUGGGGCAGGGGUUUCCGUCUGGGAUCUGGGGACAUUUGGUUUAGCUUUAGCAAACUCAGUCUUGGCCCUAAUGAGACACCCUUUGUGAGUGGGCUCUGGUUUUUUGGUUUUGUUUUUGUUUUCUGUUUUUUCUUUUUGGUUGAACAGAAGGAUAGAUGUCACUCCCCCCACACACACACAUACUUUCUCUAGAUAUGGGCCAACUACAAAGCACUAGGCAGGAGACAGCUAUUCCUGGCCCCAUAUAAUCCUAGCCCUAUUCUCUGCCCUCUGGACCUAAGCCCAUCUGCUCUCAAAAAGAAUGAGGUGGACUGACUAUUCAAUUGUCAAGGUAAGGGUAAGGGUUGCCUGAUAAACACCAUCAACUCCUCCCUUUGAUCUUUUUCCAAUUGAUUGUCAUAUCCAGGAGGAAAUGAGCACUGGCCUGGUCUCCCUGUUGACCCAUGUCCACCCGUAGGUUUGCCAUGAUCUACAUCCUCCCUGGGCCCAGAGGACCAAUUCUUUAUCUCUGUUCAACCUUCAUCUCUAAUUGUCUCUAAGCACCACCUUCCCCAGAGCUUGCCAGGUUGGGUUCUGAGAUUAGGGACAGGAAUGGGUACGUGGAGAAUGGUUGGGAGGUUGAAGGCAACCAGGGGUGUUUCACUGCUGCUCUUUCUCCUGAGGACACAAUCACGUGGUCACCUUAGACUCUGUCACUUCCUAAAAUCACUCAUUCUGUCAUGCCAUGGAGGCCAGUUUUCCUCUCUCUUGGCUUCUGCCCAUAUGCAUCAUUCAUUCAUUCACUCAUUCAGCAGAUACACAGCCUCCUCAAGAGGAGCUCUCUUGCAGGCAUGGUCUGAAACAUUUCACUGAGCAAUAUUUAUUGAGUGCCUGCUACGUGUUAGGUACUGUGCUCAGCACUGACUAACCAGUGGUAAGGGAAACACGGCUCUAACCUCACCUCAUUCCCCAGAUACAAAGGCCAUGUGCCCCUUUCAAUCUGGCAGAGAAUGUUUCCUCGCUGUUAAGUAUUUGCAUCUAUAUCACCAAGCCAGGUUCUGCCUCUAGAUCUCCCUCCUGGAUCCCACCUCUGUGCAAUGCUAACCACAGCUAGAGCCCCCAGCCCCAGUGAACCAGUGUUCAGUUCCCUAAACCACCCUUCCUCAUCUUCUCUUCCCUCCACGUCUCCUCACCAGCCACCCAAAAGAGAAUUCAAUACUAGUAGGCUGGACAUCAACUGGCUGCUUCUGCUUUUUCCGCAUGGUCCCCACACAUGACUCUGAACAGAUCGGAAAUCUGUCCACACUCACACAUGUACAAAUCUGGGCAUUUGGAUGCAGGUUUUUUCCAGCCUCUCUAUCCACAGCCUCCCCCUAAACCCUCCCCGCUGUAGCCUAAAGGGCCCACCUCCAAGGGAAGGCUAGGCAGUGACCCUGUCUCUCACCAACACCAUGCCUCAUCCCAGAAAUUUGCCCUGUACCUCCAGAGACAGUCUUUUCUCUCCCUUCAUUUCCGCCCAGGCCACCUUCUGAAGUCUAGAACCUUAGAACUGGAAGGAAUCAUAAAGGUUAUCUAGUUGGAGUUAUGUCCAACAGGGUUAAUUAACACCAGCCUGGGCUUGCUUCUGCUCCUCCCUCAGGCCUUCUUUCAUCUUGUCCUCCACCUCCAGACUCAUUUGCACACAGACUCUUUUAAUCAGGCACCAAAGCCAACUCCUCUGCCCCCGAGCCUGUGCCCUGUGAUCUCCAGUCACCCCUGCCUCAGUCACUCACUCCUUCCUCACCUCUGGAGUUCAGCUAGGGUGCCCUGGAGGACUCUGGAGCAUCCUCCUUUGCCAAAAAUGCAGGAAGGUAGGUGUGCCCCAAGCCCUGAGUGUGUGAGCAGAGGGAGGAGUGUGGGGUGAGAGGGAAAGAAAAUGAAGUUGACUUUCACGAAGAUUCGUUCCUUUUCCCAAUUGCACAAACUGCAUGUACUUUUGGCCUGGCUGCAAGGAGGGACAUUGGUUUACUCUUGUAUCCUUAAAAAGUUACAGAACUGUGUCUUAAGAGAAUUAUUUAUAGUUACUGUAACUGAAUUGACAAAUGUCAACGUAACUGAUAAAUUAUAUUUGGUAAAAUAAAGAGGACGUUUAUUUA